UCAAACAAAUUGUCUCACAUUAUUUCCGCGUAUCAACAACCUGUCGAAGGAAGAUGUGAUGGUUCACAACGUUGAAAGUGAAAUAUGGAAGUUUAUUUUCUACGUUGUGUCUUUUUCGGCGUCUUGGCAGCUGGGACUUUGGGAGAUGGUGGACAGGUGACAUUUGUAUCAGAGCUGUCGUCCAAGCCUGCUCAGAAGCUGUCAAGAUAUGGUUGGUUUGGUAACGUGAGGCUACAGAGAUUUCAGAUUCCAGAGGAUACGGCAGUGGCUCGCUGGCUGUUUUCAGUAACCAGGGGCCAUGGUUUCCACUGUGGGAAACAUAAUGUCACCAUUCAUAUUCGAUGGGGUGCCCCACCGGUCAUAAACCCCGUAGGAUUGGUGUUUCCCAAUGCAACAUUGUGGAGCCCCGCCCUUUCUGUGACCCUUCCGGUGACGUCACGCAGUUCCACGACAUUUAACCUCUCCGAUCCUGCCCCUGGCAACUGGUACCUCGCUGCCCAUUUACCUCGACAUGAUGGCCGUAUAGAACAGAAGGGGUUUCCAUCUUGUUCCUACUUUUUUCAACCUCAGCUGUCAAUCAGGAGAGCUGUGGACACUCCCAUUUUACAACAGGCCACAACCCAAGUCCAAACAGUAGCCCCAGACAAACCUGCACGCCUCAAGUUGUUUGUUCCAGAGUUUGCCUCAUCUCUCUCUGUUUCUGUGGCUGACUGCUCCUGGGGGGAGGGACCAGAGCGUGGAAACUGUUCAUUGGUCCUUAGGCUUGGGUCCUUUUCUGCACCAGAAGCCCCAGUGACAGUGAACUGCUCAGCCGUUGGCUGCUCUGCAACUCUCUCCGCCCCACCAUGGGACACCUGGAUGAGGGUUGUUGUGGAGAGUGACCAUGACAAUCGCACCGUGACAUUCCAUAUCACAUCAAAUUAUACAGUUGGCUGUAAACCAAAGAGUGUCGGCCUUUCAGGAGAUGAUUACGUCAUCAAGCUCCACAGCAACAACAGCGAAAGCAACCUUACGUCAGCAAAUAACAGCUCAGUGCAGGCAGUUGCCCUUAGCAACUCAUCAUCACCGUUGUCACCGGGAUGUGUGUGGAGUGUCCCUGUGGUCAGUGAGGAACUGGACGUUUUGUCACUCCGCUUCAGCCCCGUCAAUGGGCCGAAUGUCAGUGUUACACACACAAAACCCACCCUGCUCAGCUACCCUCUGCACAUGCAAACCAGCGGCGGCACACUCAACCUACAGCUUACCCUCAACACCACCAAUAUUACUAUGGGGAACAGCAGCAAUGUGGUAGGCUGUUUCUCUCCGUGGGCUCCAGUUCUCAGCCUCAACAGUUCUCAGCCCUGCCGCACAGCUUUGUUUUUAGGUUACGGUGUUCAUGUGAACGCCAGUGUUCCUAAGGCUGUGGUCAGGCUGCCUUUCCCUCAGUCAACAACAUGGUACCUCACAUUGCAACUCACCUGCAACAGCAGUGAUUGCAGUGACACAUUGGUGGUUUCUGUGGUACCAGAGGUGUUUAUCAGUGCCUGUGUAGAGGAUUGUGGGACGUAUGGUGAAUGUAGACUACUGAGAUCCUACAGCUACCUCUAUGCUGCCUGUGUCUGCAAGGCUGGUUGGAGUGGGUGGGGCUGCACUGACAGCUCAACAGCCCAGUCCUACAGUCGUCAGUUGACAGCAGCUCUACUGCUCACGCUCAGUAACCUGCUGUUCCUGCCCCCCAUCAUCGUGGCCCUUAAACGCUACUACAUCACAGAGGCCUCCGUCUACCUCUUUACCAUGUUUUUCUCUACGUUCUACCAUGCGUGCGACCAACCAGGCGUGGCUGUGCUGUGUAUCAUGGACUAUGACACCCUGCAGUACUGUGAUUUCUUGGGUUCAGUCUCUUCUAUUUGGGUGACCAUCCUCUGCAUGGCUCGGGUCAGGGACUCAAUCAAAUACACUCUCUUCAUACUUGGGGUUCUGCUGAUAGCCAUGUCAAUGCAGCUGGACCGCAGAGGCCUGUGGAACAUGCUGGGCCCGGUCAUCUUCGCUGUGCUGACCAUGGUCACGGCUUGGGUCUACCGUGGUGUGAGGCGGCGACAUUGCUACCCGCCCUCCUGGCAACGCUGGGUCCUCUACCUGAUCCCUGGGCUCGGCUGCGCACUGAUUGGUGUGUGUGUAUACAUUUUUGCUGAGACAGAAGACAACUACUACUAUACACACUCACUGUGGCACAUGUUGGUAGCCAGCAGUGUGGUGUUCCUGUUGCCACCCAGAGAGAAGAAGGACAAGGAAGCAUGGGGCUGGACCCGGGGCUGGAGCUGGAGCUGGCAACCCAGGGUUUGUGGGUAUACGCUCUGCCAUAGCACCAAGGAGGAGCUCUACACUGUCACGUAGAUGCUGGUAUAACUUAUGUAUUCACAGUAUACACAAGCACUUACAUGCGCGCACACACACACACACAAAGCUCAGGUGUGAACAACACUGCUUAGUAGUUGCAGACCACUUGACGUUUGACCUUACCAUGAGGUGAAACUGAGAGUUUGUACAUAUUGUAUAUGUACAUGUUUUACUAGGAUAGGAUGUGAAUGUUGAAAUAUUUAUAAAAGAAUAAUGA